UGACUGUUGAUAGAAGGCGCUCAACUUGUACUUUUUUCAAUCUCUUUCCUUGAUGGCUUGUUUUGAAGCUAACUUGUUUGGAAGCGGAUGAAAGUUAAAUGUUGUUACUUGUUUAUCAAGUCAGAAUUUUCUUUCCACUGGAUUGAUUUUGUUUUAAUAUAAAUUUACCUUUGUUUAAUUAAUAGGUCUUAAUUUAUCAACUGUUGGAAUGAUGAUAGAUCUGUAUCGUCGUUUGAUUUACUCUUUAUUAAUUUGUGUUCUUCCCUUAUUGCCAUUGCAAAUCAACUGUAACAAUGAUCUUAUUGAACCAUGCAUUGGUAAGGAGAAACUUUGUUUUGGAUUACCUUCUCAGUGCACUACUGACCCAACAGUACCAUGUAAACAACUAGUGAGGAUGAUAUCAAUGACCAAUCCAAAAGAUGGAAUGUUGUUUGAAAUGUUUGGCUCUAACGGUGAUCUUGGACAUUGGUAUGCCGUUGGUUUAUCUACUGAUGGUCGCAUGGGUGAUGAUAUCUUUGUACAUUGUGACAUCAGUAGAAGUGGUAAAUUAAGUGCCGGUGAAGGUAUUACCAGAGGUCACAGUGGUGUUACUACAUUAACAAGAGGAACCAUUGCUCGUAAUUUAACGGUUACUUCUGGUGAUCCUUCACUAGCAGAGGGUUAUCUUGUUUGUCGGUGGAUUCAAAAGGUUAGCGCUUUUGUGCAUUCCCGGAGCUUCAGUAUUUUAGACAAUCGUUAUCAUAUUUUACUAGCCAAUGGACCUCUCAAUGAUGAUGGGUCAAUUGCAUAUCACGAUGAACGGUCUUCAUCUCCUAAUCCAGUCAGCUUACAAAGUGUUGGCAUAGUUAUAGCUGACACAACAACUCCAACUUUGAUUCGUUUGCAUGGAUCUCUUAUGACCAUCACUUGGAUUGGAAUAGUGAGUUUGGCCAUUAUCAUUGCCCGUCAUUACAAGGAAUCGUGGGAUGAAAAAACCAUGUGUGGUGUGAAAAUAUGGUUCAUUCUUCAUCGAAGUUUAAUGAUUUUAGCGAUAAUUUUUGCCAUUCUCGGCAUUAUUUCGAUAUUUGUUCACGUUGGUCAAUGGCGUGGAAACAGUUUACACCAAUAUCUAGGUCUUAUUUCAUCUGUCUGUAUGAUCUUUCAACCAUUUGGUGCAUUAUUUCGUUGUUCCCCUGACCAUCCAAAGCGUAGUUAUUUCAACUGGAUCCAUUGGGCCUCUGGUAACAUCGCUCAUCUUGCGGCAAUGGGAACCAUUUUUUCAGUUUUAACAUUGAAAUCAGUUAAACUGCCUGAUCCAUUUUAUUGGAUAUUAGCAUCUCAUAUUGUUAUUUAUGUCGCUAUUCAUCUAAUCAUGCAAUGUCACUCUGCAAUCAUUUCAUCUAAAAAACGAGUGAUCGAAGAAGCUCAUGAAUCUCUCAAAUCAUACGCCGUCACCUCAACAUCAUCUCCUAGUCCAGCAUCUCGAGUUGGUGAAGGCUUUAGACAAUUUAUGCUUGGCUUAUACGUUGUCAUUAUAACAGUUUCAACAGUUAUUCUUGUUUUGAUUAUCAUUUUACAAUCAAAGUAGUAACAAGCAUAAAAGCAAUUUUUUGAAUCAAGUGAAACCCAACAACAAUCAAUGAAGAACCAUGGACAUUUUUUGUUCAAAUUUUCCGAGCUUUGUUCAGUUGAUCAAUGUACCGUUUUGAACUGCUUAUUUCAAGUUUAUUUAUUUUUUGCUUCAAAUUCUUCUCAAAUCAAUGAUGAUUUCACAUCAAAAUUAUCUAUUGAUUACCGUCAUGCUCAUCAACAUUGACAACAUCUUCAUUAUAAUCGCCAACCUCUCAUAGUUACCAAGUUAAUGGACGAGUUUAGUUUUCCCAUUUAGACUCAUUUGUUAUUGUAAAUACAAUAGUCAAAUAUUUAAUCAAGGUAAAUCAAAUAUCAAUAUUUUUUCUUUUAAAGUCUUCUAUUCAUUUGAUCAGACGACUAUCACAGACUUUUCUGAAUUCACAGAAUAGAAAAGAAAACAUUCCUCAAUUUAUUCAAUGUAUUUUGAAUUUUGAUAAUGAAGCUUUCACAGUGAAGUUGAUUCUACUUUCUCUAGUUACUAUCUACCUUCAAGGAUAUCUUCUUUUGUUCAGCCUUUUAGUCUAUUAAAAUUUUAAUGCCAGUAAUUAUGAUGAUUGAAGAAGAUGAAUAAAGGAAUAUUCAAAGGAAAGAUGAAAGUUAGUUGAGCAACCCAGAACUGAUAAUGAAAACAAUGGCAAGUUGGUCUCUAGUUGAAUCAACGGUCUUGACAAAGAUUGCUGGGAAAAUGACCAACAGUUCUUGAAUUUUCAGGCCAAGGUGUUUACAGUUUCUAUUGUGUUGGUAAUUAGUUGUCAAAAUUUGUUCUGAUCAACCAAGUGUAAUAAAG